AUUGGUGGUUGUGUUUACAUAUCUGUCAGAGAGAAACUUCUGCGAUAAAAUGCAAACAUGGAUGCCAAGGAAUUAUUCCAUGCAUGCAGAACAGGCGAUAUCACUAAAGUGCAAUAUUUAUUUGAACAGAAAGAAGUUGAAUUAAAUCUAACAGACAAGUGGGACAGUUCUCCACUGUACUAUGCCUGUUUAUGUGGACAUGAAGAGCUUGUCAAUUAUCUUUUGGAAAAUGGUGCUCGAUGUGAGGCUAAUACAUUCGAGGGUGAGCGUUGUCUUUAUGGAGCUCUGACAGACAAAAUCAGGAACCUCCUGAAGUGUUACAAUGUUAUCUCCUCAAAGCAAUUGAGACGAGAUUUAUAUGAAGAGUUUCUCCGUAGACUGUUGGAGGACAGUGCUUAUAGUGAUGUAACCUUCAAUGUUCAUGGUGAAAUGUUCCCAGUUCAUCGAUGCAUACUGGCAGCUAGAUGUGAAUACUUUGCCACCAUGUUCAGAACAAAGUGGCUUGGUCGACGAGUCAUCACCAUUAAACAUUCAUUGGUUGUACCAGUUGCUUUCAAGUCAAUUCUUCAGUACCUUUAUACAGGGUACAUGGACACUCAUGUUGACAACGUAGAAGACUGCCUGCGAUUGGCCAAACAAUGUCGUCUACAAGGUCUUAUGGAGGAAAUUGAUGAGCGCAUCAAAAAGUUUCAAUCAUUUGAGAUGUUGAAGCCUGGUGUUACCGUGACAACGAUAACCAUAGAACCCACCCUACAUAAUACUAAGUUACAAGAGGAUCUAGGCAGACUUGGUGACUUAGCUCUGCCAAAUGAACUGUGUAGUGAUAUUUUCCAGGCUCUUGGAAACAUUCCCUUUGCAGGGUUAGAGGAUUUGCCAAUCUACCCAGAUAUUUGUUUUGUUGUAGAGGAACACAAAUUUCUUUGUCAUAAGGUGUUUUUCUGUGGCAGAAGUGACUUUUUUAAGGCCUUGCUGGUAGAUCACUUUGGAGAAUCAAAUGUGUCAGAAGACAAUCUGCCUUUGAUUCCCAUCAACGAAAUCACGACAGAAAAUUUCAGGCAGCUAAUGUAUUACUUAUACCAGGAUAGCUGUGAGUUGACCAAGGAAACAGUGGUUGACAUGCUUAAACUUGCUGACCAGUACCUGUUAAUGGGACUGAAGAGACUCUGUGCAAACAAUAUUAGCAAGUAUAUAAACACUGACACCGUUCUACAGAUACUGGUCUUGGCUAGACUGUUCAACCUUCGAAGGCUUGCUGAUCAGUGCUGUGAGUUCAUGGCCAACAAUUUACAGGAGGUUAUGGAGUUAGAUGAUUUUGCAGAGCUGGUGAGACAAGAUGCUGCCAAUCUCGAAUGUCGUGAAGAUACUGAUACUUUGGAAAUCAUUGAUGAUAUUCGUUACAACAUCACAAACUAUGUCCAGACUUUCAGCGACAUGAUGGAAGCAGAAGAGAAACUGCGAAUGAUUGACGACUUUCUUGAGAACAUGAAUAUAGAUGCUUAAAAACCAUCUGGAAAAAUGUUUAUCUGUUGUUAUCAAAUCAGUUUCAGGAUAUUUCUGUUCAUUUUUAUAAAAAAAACAUAGGUAACACAGAGGAGAAAAUGUACUAGAUCCACAACAGGAGACAUGAUUCACCUGUUCAGUUUACUAAAUAAAGUGCUUGUAGAUUAUGAGAAAUUUCUCCAUUUACAGAAAACAUUUUAUAUGUAAAGACUAACUGCUAACCAUUAAUACUGGUAAUUGUGAUAUAUUUAUUACCAAAAUUUUAAAUGGAAAUGGCGAUAUGUCAUUAACUCAGUAAAUCAUGUUUUUUUUUUUCUUUUUCGUUGCUUGAACAGUUUUUUAUUAACUUUAUUUAAAGAAUAAAGAA